AUGAUAGUUAUCUCAUGGAAUGUAAGGGGCUUGAACAGCGGCCCUAGACAAAAGGCUGUUUGGGAUUUAGUUAGGAGUCAUUCUCCUGAUGUUCUCUUCCUUCAGGAGACUAAGGUUUCUGUGGAAUGCAUGAUGAGUAUUGCAUCUAAGCUGUGGAGGAAUGGUCUAUGUCAGUGUAUUGGAGCUCAGGGAUCUUCGGGGGGUGUGGCAUGUAAGCUCCUGGUCUGGAAUAAUAUUUUUUUGGUUCGUAGUUUAUUUCCUUACUUGCCAUGGAUUGUUGUUGGGGACUUUAAUGCUAUUCUUGAUCUAACGGAAAAACGAGGAGGUAAUACAAGACUGGAUCCUUCUUCUUUCUUGCUCCGAGAUAAUAUCUCAGCACUCAAUCUCGUGGAUAUCAAGCCUAGCAAUGGCCGCUUCACUUGGAAUAAUAGAAGGGAGGGUGACAGGUGCAUUGCUGAACGCUUAGACCGUUUCAUGGUUUCCUAUUUUUGGGUGGGUGGAUUGUGGUCUUCCAGUUCUGAAAUUUUGGAUUGGAGAGGCUCAGAUCAUUGGCCAAUUAAGCUUGUCACUUCUUCAGCUCGUCUGCCUCAGAAGCUGCCUUUUAAGUUCCAGCUUAUGUGGCUUCGUGACCCGGACCUCUAUGGUUGCGUUGCCGAAUGGUGGCAGGUUGGCAGGCCGGCUUUUGGUACAGCAAUGUAUGUUUUUGCUAAGCUUCUCCAAUUGAUUAGGGAGGAGGGAGUGUCUGAAUACUUGUUACGGGAAGAAGCCAGAGCUCUAAAAGCUUUGGAGGAAUGGGAGUUGAGAGAGGAAAUCUUUUGGAAACAGAAAGCUCGGAUUGAGUGGCUUAAGGAGGGAGACAAGAACACUGCCUUCUUUUUCAAUUCAGUGAAAGCCAGACAACAUGGUAAUGCUAUUUCAUCUCUGGUGACUGAUAGGGGAGAGGUUAUUUCUUCUACUCAGGGUAUCGCUGAUGAAGCAGUGCAGUAUUUUGCUUCUUUAUUUAGAGAGGAAGCACAGGGAGACUCUGUUGCAGAGGCCCAGGUCCUUUCCUGUAUUCCUUCUUUGGUUUCUUUGGAAAUGAAACAAUAUCUUAUGAGUGUCAUAACUUUGGAGGAGUUAGAAAAAAUAGUUUUCCAGAUGAAAAAAGGUAAGGCUCCUGGUCCAGACGGUUUCCCGAUUGAGUUCUUCCAGGAAUUUUGGGACAUUAUCAAGUUUGAUUUAUUGGCAGUUGUUCAAGAAUCCCAGAAGAAUAAGCAAAUGCUCCGGGCCCUGAACUCUACCUUCUUGGCACUCAUUCCCAAGGGGGAGGGGGCUAACCGAUUAAGUCAAUUUCGCCCUAUUUCUCUUUGCAACGUAACUUAUAAAAUUAUAUCUAAAUUGAUAGCUGAAAGGUUGAAAAAGGGGCUUACUGUGCUAAUCUCCGAAGAGCAAAGUGGCUUUGUGGAAGGUCGUCAGAUUUUGGAUGGGGUGGUGGUGGCUACUGAGACUAUCCAUUCCAUGGCCAGCUCUAAAGCCAAAGCUAUGUUCAUCAAGCUGGAUAUGGCCAAGGCGUAUGACAGAGUUCGUUGGUCCUUCCUGCAGAAGGUCUUGAGUGCCUUUGGUUUUGAGGAGGAAUGGAUUUGUUGGGUUAUGAGUUGUGUGGGGUCGACUUCCUUCUCAGCUUUGAUUAAUGGGGAGCACUCCAACCUCUUUGGGGCCUCUCGGGGUUUGCGGCAGGGUGACCCUCUUUCUCCUUACCUGUUUCUUCUUUUGGUGGAAGGUCUGGGUCGGUUGAUUAAAAGGAAUGUUGAAGGAGGCUUUAUUCAGGGCUGGCAGUGGGGAGGGGGUAUUCCUGUUCAAUCUCACCUACAGUUUGUGGAUGAUAUAGCUUUGAUGGGUUUGGCUACUAUUCGGGAGGCUUCUAACAUGCGCAGAGCGCUAGAUGUCUACCUUGCUGCUUCUGGUCAGUUAAUUAAUGAGGGCAAGUCUUCAAUUUUUUUCUUCAACACUCCGCCUUCAAUUCAACGAAGAAUUGCCCAUAUUCUCAGGUUCCAAAUUGGAAGUCUUCCUUUUCUAUACCUUGGGAUCCCCAUCUCUACUGGCAGGCAGUCUAGGGAUUCCUGGCAGGUCAUUCUGGAUAAGUUCAAUGUCAAAGUGAACCACUGGACUCAUCGUUGGCUAUCCUUUGCUGGUCGGGUCCAGUUACUUCAAUCUGUGGUACAGGCUCUUCCCCUCUACAGAUGUUUGAUUCAGGUGGCGCCGAUGAGCUUUGUUAAGAGCCUUGAUUCUUUAGCCAGACAGUUUUUAUGGGCUGGUAAUUUGUCAUCAACUAAGUGGAGCCUUAUUAAGUGGGAGACUGUUUGUAGUCCUAAAAGAUUUGGUGGUCUUGGAUUACAUCAAUCUUUGCUUUCUGGUAUUGCUCUGGCAGCUAAAUUGUAUUGGCGAUGGUGUGUGGAACAGGAUCGGGUGUGGGCUAGGAUCUUGUCUCACAAGUAUUUUUUUGGGAUCCCCCAGCGUGAUAUCCCUCGAUAUAGCUUGGCAGGGAAAGGUUCGACGAUUUGGAAUACUCUCAAGAAGGGGGCGGCGCUCAUCAAGGGUGGUUUCUUCUGGAUUUGUAAGAGUGGGAUAGAGGUAGUGGAAGCAAGAUGGAAGACUUCAAGGGAGUGGCCUAUUCUUGGGUUGGAAGUUGAGUGUGCUGAGCUUCAUAACAUCCUUUCGGGUCAUAGCUGUAGCACCCUGAUGGAUAGUGAUGUGUUGGCCUGGUCCCCUAAUCCCAAAGGUACUUACACUGUGUCUUCUGGUUAUCAGGCACUGCUCUCUCAACAAUUUUCUGGUGGGGAAGUCCAUUGGUGGAAGAGAGUCUGGAAUAAUUUCUCUUGGCCAAAAUGUAAUUGCUUUUCUUGGACUUUGGCUUGGAAUAGAUGCUUGACCUGGGACAAUAUUCAGAAGAGGGGUUUUGCUGGCCCUUCUAGGUGUGUUCUAUGUGGUGGGGGGGAGGAAGAUUCUCCACAUUUAUUCUUUCGCUGCCCAUUCACAUUGCAACUAUGGCACUUCUGGUGGGAUGCCUGGAAGAGUCAGUGCUUUCAUGCAUCCUCCCUAGCUGAGUUUUGGAUGAGACUGGGAAGGCCCCCUUCCUCGGCUACAUUCUUGCAGGAUGUCUGGUAUGCUGGCCCUAUCUUUUUGCUAUGGCAAGUUUGGUUGGAAAGGAAUCGUAGAAUCUUUCGGGGUGAACAAUUGGGGAUUCAACAGGUUUGGACUAGAAUUAUGGGAAUGGUCCAGGAAACUGUGACAGUUAAGAGUGAGAUUAUUUUGCCAAUGGAGGAAGGCGAUGCGGAGAUAGUUAAUAGGUUUGGUAUACAGGGGAUAUCUCCAGCCUCAGCUUGCGCCAGGAGAGGUAGGCGUGUGAAACAUAGAGCUCAAAGGAUGGGGAAAUGGCUCCCCCCUCCUGCUGGCUUUCUGAAAAUUAACACGGAUGGUUCUUCUAGGGGUAAUCUAGGCCCAGCUGGGAUUGGUGGGAUUGGUAGGGAUUCUUCUGGAUCUGUGGUUUUUAUCUUCUCGGCUAAUGAGGGGGUGCAGACUGUUAAUAGGAUGGAAGGCUUGGCUAUUCUAUAUGCUUUGAAGAGAGCUUAUGCCCUAGGGUGGCGGAAGGUGAUCUAUGAAGCUGACUCUCAAAUUCUGGUUAAUUUGCUCCUUCAGAGGAAGAUGUCUGAGGUUAGUUGGCAACUAUCUGUGUUAGUACAACAGAUACUACAGGUUAGCUCUGUAAUGGAUUCGGUGUCGUUUACCCAUAUUCCAAGGGAAUGGAAUAGGGCAGCUGAUUGUCUGGCUAAAUGGGCAUCAGAAGAUGUUGAUGACCGGAGGAUUGAUGAGUGGGAGCAGUUGCCCUAUGAGCUAUGUCAGGAUUUGGAGAAGAUUCUUGUUGAAGAUGAAAGUGGUGUUGGGGAAUGA